CUCACAAACAAGUUCCAGCAAAGGCGAACAAUUUUGACUGUGAAGAGCGAGAUGGCGCUGUGUUUUGUGAAAACAUCAACGUUUGUUUUGCUGGUCCUAGUACAAGUUUGUCAUGGGAAGGACCCUCAACCCCAACAGAUUCACAUCUCAGCAACAGGAGAUCCUACAGAGAUGAUGAUCACCUGGGUCACUAUGGCUUACACCAACUACACUAUUGUGGAAUACAAUAAGGCUGGUUUUCCUCUUACGCUGCGGAAAUCUGGCAGCAUUACUAAAUUUACUGAUGGUGGUUCAGCACAUUUGGUGAGAUACAUUCACAGAGUCAAACUGACAGGACUGGUUCCUGCUCAAAGAUAUGAUUAUCACUGUGGAGGAUAUGAUGGGUGGAGUGAAGUGUUUGCUUUCAAUGCCAUCAAGUCUGGAGAGGACUGGAGUCCAAGACUAGCUCUUUAUGGAGACUUAGGUAGUGUCAAUGCAAAAUCUAUUAGCUACCUUCAAGAGGAUGCUCAGAGAGGAAACUAUGAUGCUAUUCUUCAUGUUGGCGACUUUGCAUACAAUAUGGAAUAUGAUAAUGGAAUGGUUGGAGAUGACUUCAUGAAUCAAAUUCAGACAAUUGCUGCCUAUGUUCCCUAUAUGACAUGUCCAGGAAAUCAUGAACUAGCAUACAACUUCUCAAACUACAGAAACAGGUUUUCAAUGCCAGGAAACACAGAAGGUAUAUUUUACAGUUGGAACAUUGGUCCUGCACACAUCAUCAGCUAUUCUACAGAAGUCUACUUCUGGUUGCAGUAUGGAAUUGAACAGAUCGUUCAGCAGUAUAACUGGCUUAUUAGAGACCUAGAGGAGGCAACUCUUCCUGAAAACCGCAGUAAACGUCCCUGGAUCAUCACCAUGGCACACAAACCAAUGUACUGCAGUAAUAAUAAUCCUAAUGAUUGCACAAAAACUAACAGCAUGAUUCGCACUGGAAUAACCUCUAAGCAUUUGUGGCCUUUGGAAGACUUGUUUUACAAAUAUGGUGUGGAUUUGAUGUUGGAAGCCCAUGAGCACUCCUAUGAACGUUUGUGGCCCAUUUACAACAUGCAGGUUUGCAAUGGAUCUCAUGAGGAGCCGUACACCAACCCUUGCGCCCCAGUUCAUAUAAUCACUGGUUCAGCGGGAUGUGUUUCGAAGCAUGACCCUUUCAAGAAGGAUAAGCCAUUUUGGACAGCUUUCCGUACUCUGAAUUAUGGUUUCACUCAGAUGACAAUCCAUAAUAAGACUCACAUAGGCAUACAGCAAGUGGAUGUUGACCUGGGUGGGGAAGUUGUUGACAAAAUAAUGCUGAUAAAGGAUGUUCAUGGACCAGAAGCUUGGGCUAGAAAGAAUGUGAAGAAUUGAAAGCUGAGGAAAAUGAUGAAAUCUUUACAACCACUUGUUGGAAAUUUACUCUUCCAGUAACUUGUUACUUUUGGUAUAUUACUAAUCUUUGCAGAGAAGCUGAGUUAUGGUCUCUCCUUUUGUAAUUACUUUUUUUCACAAUAAUUUUGCAAUAUAAAGAGGGUACAGGGCAUGUGUUUACUUAAAUAAACAACAAUUCACUGUUGUUUAUUAGAACAGAAUGCAAAAGUAGCUUGGACAACUAAUGAGGAACUGAUCAACUUAUGAAUAAUGAGGUGUGGAAAAACAACAUUUUACUGUAAUUGUAUAUUCAUGCACGGUGUGUGAUGCCUAAUCCUUUAACCCCAUAGAGAGACCAGCAUCUAAUUUCUCCUUACAUUAUUAUUCUAGAAUCCAACAUUAAGAUCAUGAGAAUUUAGGAAAUGAUAACUGACUAAAAAAUAUUUUGAUUGUUGAUCAAAAUUUCACUGUCAGUACCACAGGAAAUGUAUAGAAUAUAGAUGGAGAAUAUGCAUACUGAUACUAGUGCAGAAAGGGUUAAUGGGGGCAUGCUUGUUUUAUAUCUGACUCAUUAAUCUUAUCACAGUCCCAUUGAAAAUACGACUAGUCUUGAUAGUAGUUUCUGUUCAUUGUCUGUGGUUAGAAGGAUUUCUUUAGUGUCCACAUUCCAAAUUUAAUGAUCUUUAUAAUAUAUAGGUAUAGAUGUUGUGUCAAGAAAACUGAGCAACCUUGAACUUUCUUGUGAAAUGGAGGAAUUUAAAAAAAAAAUUAUCACUUUUAAUGAAUAAUCAAUUUAUAUAUUAUUUUGUACUUUGAAUUAAUAAAACUUUUUUCGUGUUCAUGUUA